GGCUCUGAUCCUGGAAGAAAUGGGGCGGUUUAGGGAGCAGCCAAGUCUCCUCAGGGGCUGAAUGGGGGCAGCAAUGAAAGGGGAAGAGAGCUGAGGCCAGCAGAGCUCCGGGAAGGCUCUGCGGUCAUCCAGGACUGAGGGAGGAGGAGGGCGCCCCCAGUGGUAGCAGAGCCAGAGCGCUAGGGACGAGCUAGCCGGCCUUCCUUGGAGGGACUCGUUUCCUGACCCGGUGGCUCCCCCGGGCCUGUGAAGCCAGAGCCAGCCUGGCCCAUUCUCAGUGCUUAGUCCUCCCCGCUGGGGUCCUUACUGGAGCCUUGGGAGGGGCCUCCACGGCCCUGGGCCUCCCCACAUCCCAAGGGAGUCUCCAGCCGGCCCAGAACACACCAGCUGGCCCCACCUGGAGGUCCUGAGAGGCGCUCAGCUCCCUGACCAGUGGGAGCCGCGGAUCCGGGCGUCCCGCUCUUUCCUGGCCUCUCUUCCGCCUGCAGCUUCGCGCUCUGGCUCCUCCUUGCUUCCCUCAGGGGGCAUUUUCAUCUCAUCUCUACUUUUUAGGGUCCUUACUAGGCUCUCAGUUCCAAGGCAGGGCAGGGGCUGCCAAGUGCCUUGCCCAGGGUCACAGAGCUAGGGAGUAUCUGAGGUCAAAUUUGAACCCAGGGCCUCCUGGCUCCGGUGAGCCCCGGGGGACUAAGGAACCGUAACCCCAGAAUGGCUCUGGGAGGACACAUCUCACCUCGAUGAGCCCAGGCUGUCCUGCAGGCCAGCCCCACGGGGGGCACUUUUGUGUGGGGUUCUGAUUCAAGGCCUGGUGAGCAGGGAGCUGGGAAGGCAGAGAGUGAGGGGACCAUUUGGGGGGUCCUAACGGGAGGCAGGUCAGGCUCCUGAGCUCCCCAGCCCUAACUGGGCACACUUACCCCGCCGUGGACCCAGAAAGCCCAGCACUUUCCUGGCCCCUUGGCUCGUGAGGGCUCGGGUCACGGACGCCCUGUCCAGCUUCCCUUUAGGGACUCCAAGCUGGGAGUCCUCCCUGGCUCCUCGGGAGACCUCAGGACACCCGCCGGCUGCCCAGGCUGAGCUCCCUGUCAGAGGAAGGAGAAGCCAGUGGCUGCCCUCCUGGAGUUCUCAGUCCAGUGGGGGAGGCAAAGUGUCCUGCACUCUGCCUCUGGCCCCAGGCGUCCUGCUUCCCUGCCCCACGUCUUCGGGAGGGGGAAGGAUGUAAUGGAGGAGGCAGAAUCCCAGACAGGAUUUGGUCUUCAGGUCCCAGCUUCCUCUGGCCAGUCCCUGAAGGCUGCAUUCCAGCUGGACAGACCCCAUCCCCAGGCUUCCUUGGCUUCCCUCCUUCCUAAAUCAGUCAAUCUCUUAUCUAGAUAAUGUGUGUGAAAGGAGAGGAGCUCUGACGAGGGGGGAGGAUCAGUCUGGUCUCAUUCCAGCUGGGACCCUUGGGUCUCUGUGGGAGGCAGGGGGCAGAGGAGGGCUGACCCGUCUUCCUGUCCAAGUCUGCCCCUCUCUGCUGCUUUCUUCCUUCUGCAGGUGGGAUUCUGUGUCCUGAGAGCAGGCCCAGGGCCUUUGUGACUUUGUGACUUCCCCCUCCAUCAGUCCCUGCCCAGGAAGAGGAGGAAAAGAUAUCUCCCUGAAGGGAUCUUCAAGCCAGAGAGAAUGACCCCUGGGAGAGGCAGCCCCCCAUCCCAGGUGAGUCUGGGCCGUCCACAGACUUGACCAGCAUCUACCAAGGACGCCAUUUUCCUCAAGGAUUCUCGGUGAAGCUGGCAGCCUCUCUUACCUAUUGAGUCAGCCUGAGAAAUCCAGAACUCCCAGAGCAGUACCAGCCCCUACAAGGGGUCUUUAGUUUGGGCUGGAUGAGAAUCUCAGGGUGCUCCCCCACCCUCACCCAAGCCCUAUAGCACUGGGGUUCUAAUCUGGGUGGCCACCCAAAGCCAGAGAACUGGGCCUUCUGCUGCACUGUAUCAGGGGGUGAGGAGAGUGUCUGGAAGAAGGGAGGAGGCAUCAGCUGGGGUUCUUGGAGUCCCCAAGGCUUGGGAAAGACGAGAGAGCUCGAGGCUAGGAAGACAAUACACCGAAGAGGGGUGAAAAGGGGUUGGGGAGGGGAGAGAAAGGGUGGGGGAGGUAGAGGAGAAAUCAGCCAGAAAUAAACUUUGAGAUAAACAUUCUCCUUCUGAGGGGCUUUGGAGUUCAUUGCCUUGCCCCGUGGUGGUGAUGGACGAAUGUGGGAGGGUGAGAAAGAAGUGGGCCUGGAAUAGCAUCUGGUGAGUGGGAGCCAGAGAAUAUAGUACAGAUCAGUUCUCAAGUGAGGGGACAGCCUGCCUUUCUUUGCCGAGAACCCACACAGUGAAUAGGAUGUGGUGAAGAAGAGGUACUCGAGAUCCAGAGGAAAGAAAAGGCUUCUAAUUCUGGGGAAAGGAGAAGAAAGAGCCAUAAAUCCCAGUCGAAUCCCAGACUCAAGGCAGCAAAACAGAAGAUCAUCAAAUGGCAGGCAUGGUGGCCAAGCAGAUGCUGGGCAGCUUAGAAAUGAAGACAACUUGUCCGAAGUGGAAGAGUCUCCGAUUCGGAGGAGGACAAGCUCGCCUUUAUUGCGAAGGGCCAUCCAUCGCACUGUGGACUCAUCGUCUUGGCUCUUGUUCUUUGAAGUCUCGGGAGUCCUAGGGGGAUGUUGAAAUCACGUCUUUUUCAUAAAGGAAGUGGCACCUGCUUUUCUUGGGAAUGAGCUCAAAUGAAACCCAAAGCAAUUAAAUAUCGAUUUUUUCCUGAGUAAAGGAGCACGCUCUUCCCCAUCAGAGUCACUCUUGUUUUGGUGGGAUGAAACCUAAUUAAGGAAUAUAUGCCAUCUACAAAAGAAAUCAAUCAUUAAGCAAAAGCUUUGACCAUGACCCCCCUACCACGAGUAGCCUCAAGCCCUGACUGUACAACAGACAAGUCUCCUUCUCUUGGCUGGAAAGCAUCCCGGAUCACUCAGGCAGGUCCAGAUGGUAAUGAACAUCUCUUUAGGGCCCUCCUUGUGUUUUCAUCCAGCUCACACCUGGUUUCAGUCAGGCAGAAAACAAACUGGACCUUUUCUUUAGCUUUGUUCUCUUUGAAGGCAUCCGGGAGAACUCUCUUCCCUCCGGAAACUGGGCACUGGCCAGAUUCUCAGAAGCUCUUCUCAGAUUUUGGUUGAGAACAGAUUGCUUGUAAGUUCUGGGAAGGAAAAACCUUCACUUCAGCCUCUCUUCCUGCACAGAUCCAGGCCCCUCCCAGCUAGAACCCAGCCUUUCUCCAUGGUUUCAUAGAGAGACGAGGUCCAUCGUGUUAUAAUUAGACAUUGAUCUGGGGGCUUUACACGAGUGAUGAGCAUUUAUUAGUAAAGAGUUUGAGAGAGGCAGAGACAGAGAGAGGCCUCAGCCUUUCUAGAUUUCCUUCUCCAUUCAGCUGGAUCAAGCUGAGCUUGCCAGAGAUCAAGAGAACCCCCAGCCCAGAGAGCCAGCCACUUCCAUUGGGGAGGUCGAAAAACCCCUCUCCUGCAGUGAUUGCCUUUGAUGUUCCCCAGCUCCUCCCUGCCGACUGCGCCUGGACGUGGGAUGGCCUUAGAAGCAUGACUGACACCUACAUCCCACCGCUGGGACACUUGGCAUCAAGGCUGCAGCGAAGGGGGCCCAAGCCUAACCCUAGACAUUUCCCUUCACACAAUAGUUAGAAAUUCCUCACUGUUGUUCCAUAGGACCAAACAGCUGCUUUUCUCAAGCUUGCUGGCUCUGACACUGACAAAGGGCGGGUCCUUUGGGUCUUGUGCUGCUCUAGGAGGUGGUGACGUUCCAGGAUGUGGCUGUGAACUUCACUCGGGAGGAGUGGCGCCUCUUGUCUCCUCCCCAGAAGGAGCUGUACAGGGAGGUGAUGCUGGAGAAUGCCCGGAACCUGCUCUCUGUGGACACUGAAUGGUGAGGGCAGACUCCUGAGGGAACCCCAUGGACAGAGUCUCUGAGUGGAGUCACUGGACUCCCAAGCCUUUCCCUAAAGAGGACCCUUUCUCCUCCCUGACUGAUUCCCCAUGCCCAGGGCUUCCAGCUUCCAUAGAAGAUGUGAUCUCUAAUGUGGAGCAGAGGGAAGCCCUGUGGAUGCUGGAGCGAGAAGGCCUGAGGAGCUGCUGCCCAGAAGAAGAUAUCAGACUGGAAAUAAAGGCAAUUCCAACAGAGGAGAGCCUUUCUGUGAAAGAAAGGGACCAACAAAGAUUCAUGAGAGGUGGUCCUUAUAAUUGUGUUGUAUCUCAAAAUUCAUCCCUCAUUGAAUAUCAAAGAAUGCACACUGAGCAAAAUUCUAGUGAAUGUAAACAGUGUGGAAAGACUUUUAUGCACAAAGCCAGUCUUGCUGGUCAUCAGAGAAUCCACUCUGGUGAGAAAUCUUAUGAAUGCAAGCACUGUGGAAAGGCAUUUAGGGGAAACUCUGAACUUGCCCUACAUCAAAGAAUCCACCCUGGGGAGAAACCUUGUGAGUACAAGCAAUGCAGAAGGACAUUUUCUGGGAGUGCUAGUCUUGCUCAACAUCAGAGAAUUCACACUGGGGAGAAACCUUUUGAAUGUAAGCAAUGUGGAAAGACAUUUAGACAAAUAUCCAGUCUUGUUCGACAUCAUAGGAUCCAUUCUGCUGAGAAAUUUUAUGAAGGCAAGCAAUGUGGAAAGACUUUCAGUCGCAGCUCCUAUCUUGCUGACCAUCAGAAAAUCCACACGGGAGAGAAGCCUUUUGAAUGUAAGGAAUGCAAAAGGACAUUUAGUCAGAGCUCAAAACUUGCUCAGCAUCAGAGAAUCCACACUGUUGAGAAAUCUAAUGAAUGCAAGCAGUGUGGAAAGACAUUCAGUGGGAGCUACUAUCUUGCUGACCAUCAGAGAAUCCACACUGGUGAGAAACCUUAUGAAUGCAAGCAAUGUGGAAAGACAUUCCGUCAGGCCUCCAAUCUUGUUGUACAUCUGAGAAUCCACACUGGGGAGAAACCUUUUCAAUGCAAGCAAUGUGGAAAGACAUUCAGGGAGAACUCCAAGCUUACUCUACAUUGGAGAAUCCAUACUGGUGAGAAACCUUUUGAAUGCAAUCGAUGUGGAAAGACCUUCCGUCAGAGCUCUAGUCUUGCUCGACAUCAGAGAAUCCAUACUGGAGAGAAACCUUUUGAAUGCAAGCAAUGUGGAAAGACAUUCCGUCAGAGUUCUAGUCUUGCUCGACAUCAGAGAAUCCAUUCUGGUGAGAAACCUUAUGAAUGCAAGCAAUGUAGGAAGAAAUUCAGUCGCAGCUGCUAUCUUGCUGACCAUCAGAGAAUCCACACUGGUGAGAAACCUUAUGAAUGCAGGCAAUGUGGAAAGACAUUCUGGGAGAGCUCCUGUCUUGCUCGACAUCAGAGAAUCCACACUGGUGAGAAACCUUAUGAAUGCAAGCAAUGUGGAAAGACAUUUAGGGAUAACUCCUGUCUUUCUCGACAUCAGAAAAUCCACAUUGUUUAGAAACCUUAUGAAUGCAAUCAAUGUGGAAAGCCAUUCAUUGAAAUGGAGAUCCCAUCUUGUUCAGCAGCAGAUCAUCCCUGCUGGUGAAAAACCUUAUAAUGCUAUCAAUGUGGAAAGACAUUCAGAUAGAGCUUUAGUCUUACUGUAGAUCAGAAAAUCCACACUGGUGAAGAUUUUUAUGAAUAUAAUAAAUGUUAAAAUACAUUAAUAGGAUGCUGAAGUCUUGUACAUCAGAGAGUCAAAACUGGGCAAAAACUUUUUGAAUGAAAGCAACAUGGAAAACCAUUCACAUGGAGCUCUACUUGUGUACAUCAGAGAAACCACAAUCAUUCACAUAGAGCUCUUACCUUGCUCAAAAUCAGACAAUUUAGUGUAAUAAUUAAAAAUGUUACCAAAUUGUAAUGCUUAAAACUAAAAUCAUGAAGCUUUAACAAUUUAGGCUAAUCAAAGUAGAAAUAGUAAAAAGAGGGAAAUGUAGGAAGGAGGUAGAGAAUUGCCUAGCCCAUCACCCUAAGUGCUGCUGCAAUUUCCCCCCAACAGGGGUCCAAUCUCCAAUCAGAAGUUUGAGAGAGUCUCUUCAUCAAGAGUCCCCAGAGUAAGAGCCUUGUGAGAAGGGACUGUCUUUUACAGUUCUUUGCAUUCCUAGCUAAGACCUAUCACAGUGUCUAGCCCAUAGAAGGUACUUAACAUUGACUGAUGACUAGUUGCUAAUAUUACAACAAUAAAGCCUGCAACUCAUCCAUAUUUAUCUGCCCUACAUGGUCCUAAUCCCAUGUUGGGAAAUCUAUGGCAUCAGUAAUACCAUAUUAUCAUAGUUGAUGAUAGACAGUAAUAUCAAUGUUUUAUGAUACCCUUUCAAGGAUAAGUUCUUUUAAAACUUGAUUGAUUAAAAAAUUAUAUCAAGAGAAAUGACAGCAACUCCUCUUUGGGAUGAGAGAUUGAAAAAAUAAAAAUUAGUAGAGUUUUUGUUUGUUCCCAUGUCACUAAUGCCAGAAUCUCAAUCAAGAGUUCUCACUUCCUUCUGGGUUUCCCCUUAUAAACAGUUUUCUCCAUCCACUAGUUCUCCCACAUCACAUCUCAGGAACUAGUCAUAGUUCUUUAAUUUGCCUGGCACCACCCAGGGAGUCACUGCCUUUGGGAUCAAUUUUCCUAGGGUGUGUCAAUGGUAAAGGAUCUUCAAGUUAAUGACUAAUGUCAAAGGUUGCUGAUUAAUUAUAUUGAAGAAAACAGUGAGGCUAAUUCCCUUUUCACACUAGUAUAUUAUAAGCUAUUCUAAGAUUAGGUCCAAAUGGGUGUAUUAUUUAGACCUAAAGUGUGAUACCAUAAGCAAAUUAAGAAGUAUAGAAUAGUUUACCUUUUAGAUCGAUAUAUUCAUAAUGGAAGAAUUUAUGAGCAAAUAGAUAACAUGAGAUUAUAUUGUGAAACCUUAAAAUUUCACAGACUUAUGAAUGUUAAAAAUUUUACUCCACAUUGAGGAAUUCUCCAAUUCCCUACUUGAAAUAAUUCCCUACCAGAUAGUGAGAACUCUACUUGAAUGUGAAACCUCCUUGCUAUGGGAGUAUCCCUACUCCACCCCUACUUAAGACUGCGUUAGGGGAGAAAACUCCUUGCCAUGGGAGGACCUCGAUUCCACCCAUACUUAAGACUGCUUUAGGGCAGAAAACUCCUUGUUAAACAAUGAAAGUACUUGAAAACCAUACUUAUAAGGGAAAGGAGUUCUUUUGAGCCAUGCCUGUUUUUGGAAUUGAUACAAUGGGAUGCUAGGUGCCUAUAAAAGUGGGCAACUUGCAAACUACUUAGACCUAAAAGAUGAAAACUUACUCAGAGGUUUUCUCUUAAUGAAAUUAGUCGACACAGCAGCAUUUUUUCCUGAUUUACUAAAGAGAUUAAUCUACUCAGCUGUGAAUUCAAAAUGGGCUGUCUUUUGGAGAACAUCUACAGUGAUUGGUACAUGGAAGAACUUAGGGGAGGUGACAUAGGAGAUUUUGCCCUUAAAAAUAAAGAGCUCAGAGAAGAGCUAGAAGUCAUUCUGAAACAUUCAGAUUGAGGAGGUCAUUCUGAAACAUUCAGAUUGAGGAGGACUCAUUCUGAAACAUUCAGAUUGAGGAAGGACUGAUUCUGAAACAUUCAGAUGGAGGAGGGAGCUGGUGAAAGCAGCUGAGAUGAUGCUGGCCUGGUGUCACUAGAAUCCUUGCUUAGGCAGACCUUGUGGUGAGUGUUAAAAGAGUGACUGACUGAUCUCUCUCUCUUAAGACUCAGGUCUAGGCCAUGUUGGCUUAAGGCCCUUCAUACUUAUUUCCUUUUUCUCUCUUUCUCUAUUUUCUUUAAUUCCACAUUUGUAUUAAUUAAAAUCUCUCUAAAACCCAGUUGACUUGGGUAUUUGAGUAAUUGGGAAUAUUUCCCUGGCGACCACCUUAUAUUUGAUUUAAAAACCAAGACACUGCAGUGAAACAUAUUUUCUGUGGUCAAAUUUACUCACCCUCUCUUAUAUCUAUCACAGUUUAUAUCUUCCACUAUUUUAACUCACUACAGUUUAUGGGCUUCACUAUUUUAAAUCUCACAUUAUUAAAUUCAAAAUGUAUUAUUUGUUUUAAAAAGUAUGUCCAGUUAAACACAUAUGUUUUUUUAACAUUCUAACCAUACUCCCAAAUACUUAAUCAUUUCAUGGCAUCUAGAUCUAAAGAGGAGUUAAUUUAAUAAAGGAAUAAUAUCUUUGCUGUAUAGAAAUAAUUUUUAGUUAGCAUAAUUUCAUAUGCAACAUUGUGCUAAAAUCCCUAUUAAAAAAACUAAAAGAAGAAAUGAUGUAGAUUUUAAAUAUGAAAUAAAAUGAUUGACAAAUGACUUCAAUUAUCUUACACAGAAAAUCACCAUGCAUCUAUCAGGUUGACGCUCUGGAUUGAUUACAUUCAGAGACCUGUGUCACUUACAUAUCAGAUUUCAAGCAUAUUUUGCAUUUAUUGGUACUUAUUUAAGGUCAAAUAUAGUCACAUGUGAAUUUAAGUGACAAUACAUUAUAAUCUCUUUUGAGACAGUCCCAUCAACUCUAUAUUCACCUUUAUAAAUGGCACCCUAUAGAAUCUUUUGCUGCCAGCACCUCAAAUGAUAAAGACUUAUACUUUCAGUUAUUCUACUGCCCAGGAUUUAUGGCAAUCUUCCUGAUCAGAAAAAAGAGGGUUUGAGUCCUGGGGAUAAAAGAGGGAAAGAGGCAGGUGUUGAAGAGAUGGGGAAAAUGGAGCCCCAUAGAUAACCAUUUUGGUGGUUUUAAUGACCUAGGUAGAAUUCAAUCCCUGGGGCAGAAUUUGGAGGCCUGAGGAAGAAGUAGGUCUAGGACUCUCAGUAGGCAAGCUCUAAGAGUUUUACGGACCAGGAGAAACUUCUCAGAAAGUGAAAUUUUACCUGGGAAGACUGAAUCCAAGAGGUCAAGGUGAGCAUGGAGCACAUAGAGUGGAGACAAUUAAGGGAAAUGUAGAGUUAGAAGGUGGAGGGUCUCAACCAAGAGUCAGUCAGGAGGCCAGUAUCCCUGGGUCAGAGACAGAGUAAAGUUGUGGGAGAAACAUACCCAAAUUUGUAACAGGAUCUCAGCCCAAGAAUGGGAGACUCAAAACUUCAAUCCUGAAGUAAGAAAAGAGUGUUAUUUGAAGAAGUAGUUUAUGGUGGAACAAUAACUGAUGGCCUAGUUUGGCGCCUUAUCAGGUAGCCUUAGGGCUGUUGGACAAGCAUAGGGGCUAGCAGAUUAGUCUCUUUGGAGGUGGUAGUAUAGAGUAGUAGCUCUGCUAUAGAGUGGAAAUUUCAUGUAUGGAGUAGCAGCCCCAGCUGUAGAAUAGUAGCUUCCCAGCUCUAUGGAUUAGGGCUGCCAUAUUUUUAGAACAAGGGAUCUUGUUUCCCACUGCAGAGAAAUCUUCACCUUUCCUGAAAACCUUGGAAGGUGGGCAUGGUGAAAUUCAGAUGGAGGUGUGUUUUGGGUUUCAUGUCAUAUUGAAUAAGGACCAUGCACAAAUUUUGGGUAUUCCUCAGGAAUUCCAGAGUCCCCAGUGCAUAGGUCCCUCAUGGGGUGAAUCGAACUCUCUUUGUCUCUCAAUCAGCAACUUUUAAGUUAAUCAAUCAAAAACUUAAGUACCCCUACUUAGUACCUUACCAGUCACUAACUAUGAGAGUUCACAAUUCACUUACUAGAAUAGAUGACAACUCCAGAGGUCACUGCCCACUCCUAGGGAAGUGCUAGGCAAAUUGAAAGAUUGCAAUUGGUUCCUGUCAAGUGGGGAGAGAAAGGAAAUGAUAUUGACAAAACUGCUUUAAAAGGCCAGUUCAAGGAUUCAAUCAUACUCUCUCUUCAUUGGUGAGCCAGACUGGAGGAGAAGACUCUUUACCUGGACCUUGGUCAGCUUGAGGUGGUGAGUGGAGUAAUUCCUUCCUUGGUUCCUCAGUGAGGAGAACUUCUCUGACUUUUGGCACUUCAGUGGGACAAUCCCUUCAGUGUUAGUUCUGGUGAUAUUCUUGGUGGUCUUAGCCUUGUGUACGUUGAGGGAUCUCAGCAGAUUCUUCAGUGUCUCCUGGCUCUUUGGAUUUUGGCUUCCUAAUUAGGACUUUGGAUUCUGGUGAGAUUCACUUUCAGAUUUGCAUUUGCAGUAUGGAGACAUUAAGAUUAAAUUCAAGGUAUUGGUAGCUAGGCAGUAUUUUCUGUCUCUAUCUACAUUUUCCUACUUUUACUAUUUCCACCUCUUUGUAAAUAAAGUUGCUAAAAGUCAUUUUUGACUUAAACUGUGAUAUUUUUAAAUUGGCGACCACUCUAUUACUUUAGAAUUUUCAUAUUUAGCAUAAAACCUAAAUUUAAAUUCUUAUACCAUUGUUCCCCAUUGUCCACCUUAUCAUUGGUCAAUGAGGGAUAAGUCUCUGCCCUUUUGGAAUGAGAACAUGGUGUAAAAAUGGAGAUUUGAACCCGGACUUCAAUCCCCAGAAGUCCUUGCUAUAGUUCCCAAGAUGCCCUCUAAUCUCACUGAGAUCCUCACCUGGGCGAGAUCAAAAUUUCUAUUUAAACUGGCUGUAAAGCCUACUGAGCUCUCUUCCUACUUCUGCUUUGGAGCACACGCGGUUCUCUACCUGGCAGGCAAGAUGUGAGUGGUUGUGAAUGGGCUCUCUGGGCCUAAACAUGUGCUUUCUUAUUUUCUAUUUUCUUUAUUUCUUAAUCUUAAACAAACCUCUAAAAACAUAAUACUUUUAGCAGAGAAACUAAUUUUAAAUGCUACAAUGGGGGGAGGGGAGGUGGUACAUUGGAGGACCACUAACAGUAUUUAAUUAUAUGUUACAAUUCUAAGAGCAAUAUGAAUACUUUAGUACUCAUAUUUAGUACAAUUAUGCACAAAACUGAUGCCCAGUAUAGAAUAUUAUAGAUCCAAUGCAUAUAAUGGGGAAUUAUUCAAUCUGUAAUUCAUGUUUGAAUGAUGCUGAAACUACAAGGUUUGCAGUUGAGGUUUAACCAGUUCUAACUAGGAAACUAUGAGGGUCUCUUUCCUAUUAUUAUCCCUCACUGCUGCUAUCAGGCCACAUAAGAGUGAAGUAUAAAAAGUCUAGAAAGGGAAUUAGGGAAUUCCCCAUGAUGAAGAGCAGGGCUUUGCAAAUAGAGCCAGGCAGAAUCUUGAGGUCCUGACUCAGGGAACUGCUGGAGGAAAGGGCCCAUCCUGGAGCUUCAGGGGAUGGCCAGAGUGGGGCCCUUAGGUCUGAAAAGACCCACCUAGAGGAGGCUGGCUGUAAGCAGGAACCUGAGGAGUUGAGAUUACUCUGCCUUUUGGAAACCAACUUUUCAGGUACAAGUCCUAGGUAAGUCUGGGCCAGGAAGCCAGAAGGCACCAGACUUCUGCUGGCUACCCUUUCCUUUGAGCCUCAUUCCCCACUUCUUACCUCAUGGUGAGCAUCUUCUGUGGCAAUCAGGAACAUGGCUCUCUUAGAACUAACUGCUGGCUGUCCACACUCACAUUUACAUCCUAAAUGCCACAGGACACCAUCCUCAAUUUUGCCAUUGAAUCACACUACCUUCACAUAUCCCCUGUACCAGCUCUUGGUUAGAGAUUUGGUUAUACUGCCUUCAUCACAGGUCACCUGUGAAUUCAUAAUUUAUGAAAUGGAGACAGCCAUGCCUUAUUCUAUGGGUACUCCAUAGUAAAGAUCAGGAUUGGUAUUCAGAAGGUGGCAGCAAUCAUUUUAAUGAGACUCAUAGACAAGUAGUGAAAACUUGAAAGGGAUAAAGAGGUAGAGGUGUGCCUCAGAUGGGGGAAUGUGAUAGAGAAGGGAGUCUGAAUGGAGAAAAAGAUGAGGAAGGGGGAAAGCAGAGGGUAUCACUCACAGAACCAUGGACUAGAGUUGGAAUUACUAAGAAGCCUAGACCCCAAGAAGAUGAGAGAGGGCUUGGGGAAGGAGUUUGGGUCUCUUUUUUAUGCUUUUUGGUAGGGGAAGCAUGGAACAGACCAGUUCCUCUCUGUGCCACCUUGGGAUAAGUUCAUUGCCAUAUCCAAAUCAUCUCUAAGUUACUGGUAAAAUUUCAAAGUCACCAUCCCAAAGUCAUGAAGCUCUUUUGGUGUUCUGCUGGUCUGAAACUGAUGAUUCUUUACUGGAAUGGAUCUGGGAUUUACAGAUCAGAGGAUCUAAGACCUUGCUUAGCACUACCUAUAUGGUUUCUCCUAAUUUGGCACACAUUACUAGGAUGUGAAUGGUAACAAACAUGUGAUCCAAUUUGUAAAUUAUGCUCCUUUGAUCUUUGGUAUGAUUUGUAGGUGACUUCCAGGUUCCCCUUUGUAACCUUAUUUCCUGCUAAAGUUUUCUUAUUGACUAGUCCUAUUUAAUAGAGGGAGUGGGCAGCAGGAACAGAAUGAGACAAAAUUUUAAGAUAAUCCAUCCCCUGGUCUGCUGUCCACAUUCAUGCACCACCAUGUCUAGAGAGUAAUCUCACCAAAAUCAUAGCAAAAAUAACAACAUAAAAAAAUCAUGACAGAGAAGUGCAGGCUACCCACCCCUCAUCUAAUACAAUGGGUUCUGAGCCUAAGCACAGGACAACUUUGAGACACUAAGACCCUACCCAAGUCAACAGCAGAACAUCCCAUGCCCAACCCUUGAAAUCACAGGCUCUGGUAUUGGGCCACAGUGAGGUCCCCAAAUCUAUGACAUAUAAGUGUGAGAACCCCUACCCUCUUAUAUGAGGAUUAGAUUUUAAUGUCAGGUAUAGUGUUGAGUUAAUGUUAAUUGUGGUUUCAGAUAGAUAACUAAUGAUAUCAUAGGUGAUAAUAUCAAUAGGUUUGUAAUUAUUUUAGUAUAAGUAUUAAGGUUUUGAAUUAAGUAAAUAAUUGCUUUAGCAUAGGCUUUUGUGUCAGCCUUGUAAUAAUAGACUAAUUAAUAAGAUGGCCGGAAGUUUUCCUUGCCAAAAAGAACAAUGCUGCCUUUGUGAUAAAGACCUUGUUAAAAGAAAUCAUUCCCAGAUUUAAUUUACUCAGACAGAGAAGACUCACUUCACAAAUCAAAUCUUAUAAGAAGUGUAUAAAAAUUUGGGAACGGAAAGGAAUUAUCACACUAUAUAUCACCCAGCUAGUGCAGGCUAAGUAGAAUGGUUAAACAGAGAAGUAAAAUCACUAGUAGGCAAACUCUGUACAGAAACUCACCUCAAAUGGACAUAUGUUUUGCCAUUAGUGUUAUUUCAUCUAAGAACCAAACCGAGUAGAGAUUUGCACAUUCUCCCCAUAUGAAAUGCUUUAUGGUCAUGCAAGUUGGCAAGGGAGAGCUUGUAAGCUGGCAUACAUCUCGAUGGUAGGAGGAGAAUGCCAGCUACACAAAUACAUACAGGCAUUACAAAAGAGACUAGAAGAAUUGCACAAAAUGGACUUAAUCCAGGAAAGAGUUCCUUUAGAUUAUGCAUCACACAACAUUGCACCAGGUGACACUGCCUACAUCAAGAACUUUAAUAGAAAAUCAGUAACAGACCAAAAAUGGAAUGAACCACAUGAGGUUUUGGUCACUACUCUGUCAGCAAUAAAAAUUUUGGGGAAACAUCCUUGCUUUCACGUUUCCAACAUAAAGCAACAGAAAGCCAUGACUAAUAGAGACCAUCCAAAAAAGGGAUGGAGCAGGAAGUGAUGAGGACUAAACAAAUAACUGCUAUACAAUGACAUACUUUACACAAACUAGAUAAAAAAUACAUAGAUUCCAGUGCAGGAGCGGAGGAGAGAGAGAGGAGAGAUCCCAGCUGACAAGAUGUAGACAAAAGACAAAAUGAUCAACAUCCACAGAAGAAGAAGAAGAGGAGAAUCAGAGAUAGAAGGAAGAAAAGAAUUACAAUCCAAAAGAGAACUGUGCAAGCUGAUAUGGACAGCUAAAACUUUGAACUAUGCACAUACAACUAUGAAGAGAUAGAAGAAGAGCUAUGUAAGAUGUGUGGCAAAAACACAAAUUAGGGAAAUGCAUCCAACAGAGUCCAUAACAGUAAAGACAGAAGCUGAACACUUCGGUCAACAUGCAGACAAAGGACAACACGCAACUCUGAGUGAGUAUAUGCAUCCACCACAACAUGGAAGAGCAAAGACACAACACAAACUGAUCUAUAAGGACCUUGUCUAGGUAAACAAGUGCCCAAGUUUGCAAAAUGCAAAUAUGUAAAUAUGUAAAUAUGUAAAUAUUAGAUCCUAUAAGGUCUUAGUCAAAUAAAAAGAUCUGUUUUUUUGUUUGA